GGUGGCUGUCGGUUGCGUAGGGGCACAAUCUGGGAGAACAUUUCUCAACUAAAAUGCCUGGAAUAACGAUGUAUCCACCGCCCCCUAAGAGCAGCAAACAGCAGGGUGUUGCACGGUCAUUACUCUAUAGUGGUUCCAAAUUUCAAGGCUUCCAGAAGAGCAAGGGAAAUUCUUACGUAGUCGAAGUUGAACUUCAGCAUGUGGAUGAAGAAAACAGCUAUCUAUGUGGAUAUCUUAAGAUCAGCGGGCUGACCAGCGAGUAUCCAGAGUUAGUCACAUUCUUUGAAGGAGAGAUCAUUAGCGACAAACAUCCAUUCCUCACGAGAAAGUGGGAUGCUGAUGAAGAAGUGGAUAGGAAACACUGGGGUCAGUUUUUGUCCUUCUAUCAGUACGCCAAAACAUUUAAUUUAGACACAUUUGACUAUGAAGCACUCAGGAGUACAGAUUACAUCUUCAUGAGGUGGAAAGAGCGUUUUCUAGUACCAGAUCACAAAAUAACGGAUAUCGAUGGUGCGUCGUUUGCUGGCUUCUAUUAUAUUUGCUUCCAGAAAUCCACAUCUACCGUAGAAGGCUACUACUACCACAGGAGCUCAGAGUGGUACCAGUCGCUCAACCUUACUCACGUCGAAGAACAUAGCGUCCCGAUCUACGUGUUCAGGUGAACCCCCCGUGUACAGUACCGCCAGUUUGUAUAUUUGUAAAUAGUUCAUAUAUUUUGGUACAAUUACCACACCAACUGUACCUUUUUGAUCUGCAGUUGUAAAUAACAAAUUUGGUUAUUUAUCAUGUUUUGAGGGCAUUGGUAUGAUAGAAGCUGCCCUGUUUCAUUCUUUUAAAAAAUAAAUGCAAUAUUGUUUAAAUGUUGCUCGCCAGAAAUUGAAACCAAAAAUUUUGUUUUGGUUUUGUUUAAUUUUUAUAAAGAGUUUAGGUAGUAUACUCCAUUGGUACUUGCCCAAAAUUUGUUAUGAUUUUUAUGAAAUGUUUGUAUUGGGUGUUCAUUUAUUCAAGUGAGGCAGACUGUGGCGUUUCGUGGCCGAGCGGUCAAUCGCACCAGACCAAAACUCUGGUGUUUCUGAUCGUCAGAGUGUGGGUUCAG